CAUACAGAAAGAUAGUCCUGCUGCCAGUGAUCAUCAAUGAUCAUGCUGCAAUCAAGGAACGACCCCCUCUUGAAUUCAACUCAUUCGUUUGGCAGCAGCAGCGGGAGCUCUGGUGGGUCUGUGAGGGAUGAUGAGAGGGCAUCGUGUCUCUUCAAGAGGCCAGGUGGCAUGGUGUCCACAGAGAUGACUCCAGAACUGAAGUUAGAACAGUGCGCCAUCAGAGCGCAAGAGCUCACCGACAGCCAGCAGUUUGAUGCCUGCAUCCAGGAGACGGUGCGGCUCGUGGCCCUCACUCGCCUAGUAUACGGAGACGGCCAUCUGAAACAAGCAGAGGCCUACGCCAGACUGGCCAAGGCAUACCUCAAGUUCAAAGGUUGGGCACCCCAGGCCCAUGAGCAUGCCUCCAGGGCACUCUCCCUGCUGCCCCCCUGUCCCCCGCCCUCCACCCCACAAGAGGAACAGGUUGCCAGGCUGAGCUGUCUGCUGAGUGCCUGCCAAACCCAGGGGGGAGCUGCCCUGCUCCUGGGGAAGCCUAAGGAGGCGGAGUCCUGUUUUGACAGGGCUGAGGAAGUCUUGGAGGAGCUACGGGACCUGGAAGGAAUCAGUCCACAGGAGCGCGCCAAAACCCAAUAUGAAAUCUCCACAAACCUGUGCAGGGUAUACCAGCGUGAGGGCCGGCUAGAGGAUGCCCUGGGUGUGUGUGAGGGGAUGCUGGAGCAGCAGCAUGAGGAUGGAGACGAUGAGGAGGAGGCCAGCAGGAGCUGCUCCAUCUACACAGACAUGGCCGCUAUAGAGAAGAGCAGGGGCAGACUGGACAAGGCCAUCGGACACCUACUACAGGCUCAUGCCAUAGCCGUGAGGCAGAGCCCAGGGGGGGUGCAGGGAGCUCACGUAGCCCACAGUCUGGCCCUGGCGUACUCUACUGCAGCAGAACCACACCACCAAGAUUCUGCGGCGCACUACUUUGAGGAGAGCCUGAGUGCGUACCGCAGUACGGUGGGGCCAGCGGACGCCAUGACACUCUCAGUGCUGAAUGACUACAGCCACUUCCUGCUGCAGACUGAACAACAGGAAAGGAGUGUGUCACUGCAACGCGAGGCCGUUUCCCUAAAAAGACGUGUCUUCGGGGACCUAAGUGCUGAGGUGGCCCAGGCCCUGAUGUUGAUUGGAGGAGUCGAGAUGACACAAGGACACAUAAGACACGCCCACAAGACCCUCAGCCAGUGCCUAGAAAUUCAGACUGCACUGUACGGGCCCCGGCACAAGAAGACCCGAGCCACUCAAAGAACAGUGGACAUGCUCUCCCAGGCCCCAGAUGUGUCAUCUGCUGCCACUAGGAGAGAGGGCAACCUGCAGACAAGGCCUCCAUUUUGCGCAGUGGUGCCAUCGCCAGCAGUGAAAGGGAUAAAUCCCAGCAUGUCGGACCCUUAGUGCCUUUGUAUGUUGGAAUGGAUGAAUGGCACCAGGGCCGCUGACAACGUUGACCAGGCCUCGGACAAAGUAAUUUGAAAGACCCCCCCACACACACACACACACACACAAUAUAAUGUAAUGUAAUGAAAUGUUGACCUAAUUCUGGGGCUCCCUUUCCCUUGGCCUGGGACAACUGACCCCUUUGUCCCCCUGUUGGCUUCCUUGCAUGGCAUCCUGAUCUGUGUAGGGGGGACAUCCAUCCCACCCCUCUAGUGCCAGAGGAACAGACAUUAUGACCGCUGGGCAGGGCUGUACAUUAGGGACACUGGGCUGGAGCACACAUUAAGGCCUGGACUGGAGCCAACACAGCACUUCCAACAGGGCACUCCAUUCCACCGGCUUCUUUGUCCAGUGAUUUCAGGGACGUUCGCGGAGACAGCUGAGUUGGUCAGGCAACCGCGACAGCCCUGCACUGAAUUUGACCCUGCAUUCAACCAUGUCUGAGCAAAACUUUCCUGUACUGACUUCGUCCCAUCUUCCAGACACUGUGUUCUUACAGAUAUUUACAGCUCCUUAUGUGUUUUUGUAAGUUUCUUUGGACAAUGGCUUCUGCAUUACAUUACAUUGCAUUUGGCAGACGCUUUAUAACCAAAGCGACUUUCAAAAGAGGACAUAAUCAUAGCCAACAGGCCCUUGUGUGUUUUUGUGAGUAUCUUUGGUUGUGAUAGGCCACCGCUCAUCUGUUUAGAAGGUGCAGGAUUCAGUAGAAAUUUCUGUAUAAAAAGAAGACAAUCCGCACACUUCAGGUCUAUUUUUGUGCAAAGAAGCUUUACUUCUUACUAGUAUCUUUGGACAAUAGCUUCUGCUGAAUGAAAUGUAAAUGAAUGACGGAGGUGGGCAUACUGACAGCUAAUAUGAGAUCAUGCUUCUGAAGUCAUUACUGCUGUUUUUGUUUUGUUUUUUAAACACAUACUUG